GAAAGCGAAAAGGAACGAAUUUGGAACAUGUUUGUGUGACAGACACAGACACAGUGAAUCAAUGGUGGUUGCCUCCAUUCGCGUUCUUCCUUGUUCCCUCACCUCUUUGCCUCGAUUUUCAUGGCGUUGGCGUCCUUCUUCCUUCUCACUCCCCACCACCAUUGCAGAUUCUCGCCUCUACUCCACUUCUGCUAAUGGAGAUGCUGGAGUGGAAUUACCUGUUGAACAAACAGAAGUUAUAUUUAUGGGGACUGGAACUAGUGAAGGGGUUCCACGAGUUAGCUGUUUGACUAAUACUUUAAACAAAUGUCCGGUUUGUUCAAAAGCUGCCGAACCGGGUAAUAAGAAUAGGAGACUUAACACAAGCAUCCUCAUUCGUCACCCCGACUCCUCAGGAACUCACAAUAUUCUUAUAGAUGCUGGAAAAUUUUUCUAUCAAAGUGCUCUCCGGUGGUUUCCUGCGUUUGGGAUAAGAUCAAUUGAUGCGGUUAUUAUUACUCAUUCACAUGCUGAUGCAAUUGGAGGUCUUGAUGAUCUUAGAGAUUGGACAAACAAUGUUCAGCCUUAUAUUCCAAUAUUUGUUGCCCAGCGUGACUUUGAGGUGAUGAAGAAGACCCAUUAUUAUUUAGUAGAUACUAGUGUUAUCUUACCUGGUGCUGCAGUCUCAGAGUUGCAAUUCAAUAUCAUAUCUGAAGAACCAUUUUUUGUGCAUGGACUGAAGUUUACCCCAUUACCAGUGUGGCAUGGCCAGGGUUAUCGGUCCCUUGGUUUUCGUUUUGGUAAUAUAUGUUACAUAAGUGAUGUUAGUGAAAUUCCUGAAGAAACUUACCCUCUUUUAAAGGACUGUGAAAUCUUAAUCCUGGAUGCUUUGAGGCCUGAUCGCUCUACUUCCACACAUUUUGGACUUCCAAGGGCCUUAGAGGAAGUGCGAAAAAUUCAACCCAAAAGGACACUUUUUACAGGUAUGAUGCAUCUUAUGGAUCAUGAAGAAGUGAAUGAUUACCUUACAAAACUAUUGGAGUCUGAGGGCCUUGAUGCACAACUGAGCUAUGAUGGUCUUCGUAUACCAGUCAAACUCUAGCAUGUACGCAGUCCUCAUUCAUAAGAAGACUAAUUUAUUUUUUUUCUGUCGAAGAUAAGUUAUUAAAUAAACAUUCAAAUGAAUGUCAUUACUAGUUUGAAAGUACAUACUUUCUGCAGGUUACUGCAGCUAUUCUAUUUUCUUCCUAUCAUCAUUCUUUCUUUUCUC